UUUAAUAAUUAUGUAAGAAAAUACAUAGACAUUCGAAGCUAUCUAAUAAUUAUUGAAUUCUAAUAAUAUUCAAUUCAAAUUAUUGAUUCAUGAACCUACUAAAACAUCAGAAGAAUCAGCUAAAGUCAGAGGAGUCUCUCUAGAUAGUGGAGCUAAAGCCAUGUUAUUAUAAAAUAAAAAAACUUAACUUUUUAUUUUAUGUGUGAUGUCGGCUUCCAAGAAAUUAUCUUGGAAAUUAAUAAGAAAACUUUUAGAUUGUAAAUAAUUAGAUUUAGCAAAUGAAUAAUAAGUUUAUGAACUUACGAAAUGUGUCACUGGAGCAGUCCCUCCUUUUGGGAGUUUAUUCAAAAUUCAGACUUAUUUGGAUCCAUCUUUAAUUACACAAGGCGAUCAGAUUAAUUUUAAUGCUGGACUUAGAACCCAUAGUGUUGCAAUGACAAUUUAAGAUUAUAUAAAAAUAGAAAAUCCAAUCUAAUUGUAAUUCUGUGAAUGAU